AUGUUUGAACUAAAGUUUAAAAAGGACAACGUUUGGUAUGCUGUUCACGCAUCACAUAGCGAUGUGACAGCAUCUCAGGUUAGUGAAAUAUAUACGUGUAUGUAUAAUAACAGGGUGCAAUAAUUCGCGUACCGUAUUUACUCGUCAAACCGGAUAUAAUUGUGAUAUAAUGAGCCUAGAGAAGCUUAUAGUAUAUAGUAGAAAAUAGACCAUUAUUUUUUUAAGUCUUGAUUUUUUGAAAGGUGACCGGCGAUACAUCGUUUGAAGUGAUGGCAUUACGUUCACCCAAUCAACCAUUUGUUGUACUUCGAUCAAAUAAAAAGCUAGGCAACGACGACCUGUACUUGAGCAGUGAAGGAGCGGGGAAAAUGAAACUGAAAGUUCCGAAUCAACCAAUCAGACGCUCUGCGCCAGAAGUCGACCCUGCCUUGUUAUUUCGAGUGGUCAGGCCGUUCAUUGGACCGAUUUAA